UUUCAUAGUUCAGAUGUAAGCAUGGUCUUGGGCGGCUAGGGAAGUCAACCAUAGCUUACUGCAGCCUUUCUUUAAUCCCUACUCCCAUUCUAAAACUAUAUCAUACCCAUCGUUUUCUUCUUCUUCCAUUCAAGUUCCUUUUCAGUGUUUCAUAGAUACUGUAAAAUUCAGAACCCCAUAUCAACCCAAUGGAGAAAUCAGAAGAAAAAGAAGAAAGUGUCGAUUUGAGUCGAAUAUCUCUUCGACCCCUUGAGCUCUCUGACCUGGAUGAUGUCUUGGUGUGGACCUCCNAUGAAAAGGUGGCANCUUUCUGCACUUGGGAUCCUUAUAGUAGCAAAGAAGAGGGCAUCAAUUUCAUCCAAAACAUAGCCAGCAAGUUGGCGUGGUGCAGAGCAAUAUGCCUGAACGAUCGUGCUAUUGGGUGUGUUUCUCUUUCCUCCAANUCAGAGCAUGAUCAAAGCAGGAACAGAUCCAUGGAACUUGGCUAUGUUAUNGGUUNNAAAUACUGGGGUAAAGGGGUUGCCACGGUGGUUGUGAAAGAAGUGGUUAAGGUUGCUUUCGGUGAGCAAUCGUUGCCAAACUUGGAGAGGAUUGAAGCUCUUGUUGAUGUGCUGAAUGUUGGGUCUCAGAGAGUGCUGGAAAAAGCUGGUUUCCAGAGGGAGGGAGUUCUUAGGAAGUAUGUGUUCCACAAAGGAAAAUCCAGAGAUAGGGUGAUGUUCAGUGUUCUCUCUACCGAUCCUCACCUUCAUUCCUCUGUCUAAAGUUUGAAUUGUUGAAUUCUUCUUAGCUUUGUGUUGAAUUGUUUUUUCGUUUUGCUCCAAGAUUUUCCAUGUUGCAAUACUUCUUGUGGGAUCAGGAAGUAUUCUUCAUCAUUCAAGAAUUAUUCAACGUUAUAUCUU